CCAUUUCAUAAACAAAAAACCUUGGCGUUCCGUUUAUCUAUUUAGCUUCCUUUCCCUGAGCUAUUUUUAACCGAGGACCCAGAAAAGGAACACCACUGAGGUGCAUCUUGACACGAGCAACCUCUGUUCUUUUUCCAUUUUUUAAAGCCCUAUUUUUCUGUAUUCUUUGUAUGAACCAGCAGCACACGAGCGAAUACACAGACCAGUACGGUGGGUCGGGUGCAUCACUGCACGGCGGCCCGCAGGACCUCUCAGCACUGCCCACAGCAGUAGACUUCCAGCGCAACCUCCAGGCCAUCCGGCACGACAGCCUCUACGGAUCGGCUGCCUCUCUUGACGGACCGGCAGUGAUGACACGGCAGAGCACAGCGGCGUCCAGCGCGGCACCCAACCUAGGAACCCAGUUCUCCAGCACAAACCUCAGCACAUACAGCAUGCGCAGCCUGAAUGCGCCAGCAGGAAUCGACGAGCGCAUCACAUACCAGUACGCGCUGCGGUAUGCAAUUCUGCUGGACGCCGAGAACGAGCAGCUGCGGGUACGCUCAGCGAGUGUCAGCUCGGGGACAGCGCGGGCAGUGCAUGCGUCGGGAGCGCAUACAGUGAGUGGUGGAACGCAGUUUGCAGUGCGGACGGUGGGGGUGGCCAGCGGGACACCAAACCUGAACAAUCGCACGCCGACGCUGGUGCGCCCACAGAAUGGCGAGCCGGGGGACCUGGGGCCGCACAUUCAGGCAGGCAGAAAGUACAAGAACUGGCGCUCCAGUUUGUUCGAUUUCGGUGACAAUGCGUCGCGCAUGCUGAAGGAGGCGAAUGGCGGCGGCCGGCUCAAGGCGCUGGGCAAGCUGACUGGGCUGGUGGGCGGCUCGCAUGCAAACGAGGGCCCCAAUGCAGGGCGGCUCACCAGCGGGAUUGUGCGGGCGGUGGCGCGGCAGGCGAAGACGUCAGCAAGCGAGUCGUCGGUUCAUCCGUUUACCGCCGGCUGCUACGCAGACCUGCAUGUGCACCUGAAGAGCCGUGCCCACAGCGAGGCACUGGGCGAGCGCGGCACGGUUGAGGACCUAGUGAUAAUGUUUUCGGACAUUGCCCGCAAGCGGUGCCAUGCGCAGGGCAUCGUCAAUGACGCGGAUGUUGCGCGUACCGUGCGCAGCCAGGCGGACAAGUUUGUCAAGCUGCUCAGGACGGUGCUGCAGAAGAAGGCCCAGGCAUCGCGCGAGGCUGGGCUGGCGCUUCUCAAAUUGGACGACUUCAGCGAGGGCAACUCACCGGUGCUGCAGACGGGCGGCGGAACCCGGCUGCGGGCACAGUCAGAUGCACCGUCAACGGUCAGCGGCACAUCGACGCUGGACAGCUCGCAGUCAGACAAGUCGAUCUGCGCAUGGCUGAAGAGCGUGUUCCAAGUGCCGGAUCAUGAGCACAACUCGAUCAUGACUGAACUGCGGCGAGUGGUGACACAGGAGAAGGCGGUGAGCGAUCUGCGGGCGUGCUUGGCAGUAGUCAAGCAGGACCAGAGCUUUGUGGGCACACCUGCGGACUUUGCCUCGCGGCAGGCGUACGAAUGCUGGAAGCAGCGCGAGAUCACAUCGCUGGAGCAGCUGAUCAUCACCAGCUCCCUCAAACAAAACUUCAUUGCUGGCGGCAAGCUGGGAGCGCAGCCCAUGCGGCCACCAGCCAGCGAGCUCGCCGGCGCAGUCGACGCCGACUCGGCGUUUGAGUACAUUCCAGCCAGUGCGGCAUCACACUAUCGCAUGCUGGUGCAGCGCGCUGUGGUGCACGACAUUAUCGGCAAUCUCGACACUGCAGACCCAAAAACAACUCUGCCGCUGUCGAUGGCGGGCGAGGACCUGCUCAAACAGUGCAUGAUCGCAUGGCGUAUCAGUGUCCCCUACCGCACGGCCUGCUACCUGGAUGUAGUCAAGGACUACUACAUCGAGGGCAUCCUGCCGGCUGCGUACCUGCUGGACGCGUUUGGCAAGGUUGAACGCAUCAUCCACAUGAUCAAGCCGCACGAGUGGCCGAUCUCGCAUUACACGUAUCUGCUGAACAUCGAAAAGGCCAUAGAGUUCCACACGCUUGGGUGUGUCGAGGACGUCAUCGAGGAGCUGGACCAGCAGCGGCCCGACCACAAUGCGGUCUUGAAGCGCACGCUGCGCUGUCUGGUCAUUAACGACGUCACGUGCCCGGUAGUCCCCAACCAGCCCAUGCCCAACAUCCCCGGGCGGCGCGAUGAGGUCAUCGGCAUGCUGGAGGGAUCAAUCCAGUACCGCUACAGCUGCCUCAAGGACCGGUACUUUGGCAUUGAACCGUCGGGUCCAGCAAAGCUCGAGAGCUAUGAGUUCCUGGGCGAGCUUGUGCUCGGCGACUACGAAAACUGCCGGAGUAUCUUCACCGAGCCGCUCUUGUGCGACGGCGAUCGGCGGUUCGACAUUGCCGGGAUCGUUGGCGAACUCCAGAUCGAGUAUUUCUACACUGAUCUGAUGCAACACCUUGAGCAUGCCGGGUACUGCACUGAGAAUGCCAACAUCGAAGCUGCGCUGGCUCUGUUUGGGCUGCUGCAGCGCAUGGCCAAAAUCCACAGCCGCUACUCGGACCGCGCGCUCGAGGGCAUCGACACGCAGCGCCUUUUUGAUGAAGCAACGGCACUGUGGCUCAGCCAGCUGGCCACCGAGUCGGACGGCUGGGUGCGCAACGCACUGGCCAUGGACAAGGUCAUUGAGACUCCAGCUGGCAGCGAGCCUGCACCGCGGCAUUCGACAUCCGUCAUCGAUCUGAUCACGUGUUUUUCGCAGCAAGUGGGUACGAUCCGCCGCAUUGCCUGGCCCGACAUUGAGGCAGAAGCGCGGUUCCUGACGCACUUCAUGAAAACGCUGUGCCAGUGCUUUGAGACAUACGCCGACGAAAUGGUCAAGCAAUUCCUGGUCAGCCUGAGCCUGUCAGCCGAGGACCGGCCGGGCAGCCGCUCCGAUGGAUUCGGCGGGGUACGGCUAAACCGCAAAUACCGCGAGCAGUCGCUGGCGGUGGCCCCGGCGGUGCAGGCAGCGGCAGCUCGGCUCGACCAGGCCACCGGGCUGCAGGUGGGCAGCGACGCGUGCGUCAAGCUCAACAAUCUUGCAGUGGCAAUGGACCGGCUGCACGAGCUGUACGACGAGCUGGAGAUCCGCAAGCUGACAGACGCGCUGGGCGGCGAGACGCGGCCGUCACUGACGGCGUCGGCACCCAGCGGAUUCCUGUUCUCGCUCAAAGUAGUCCAUGGGGAGAACCUUGAGCUGUACCGGCGUGCACACGACGUGCAGGUGGAUACCAGUGCGCAGCCGUACAUCAAGCUGAGCAUUGCGUCGCAGGCCGACGACGGCUCAGUCCACCGCGAGAAAAUCGGCAAGACGCGCGCAGUAGCACUGAACUCCAUGAAUCCGCGGUGGAACCAGUCGUUCGACGUGGCAUUGCCGGCCACCAGCACCCCGCAAGCUACGCCUGUUGAGGUGCGGGUAUGUACACGUGACGGCCCCAAGCGGCUGGGCCACAAGGAGAAGGUGCACUGCCGCGGGUACUUUGUGCUGUCGCCGCAGAUGGCUGGCCAGACUGAGGGCACACAGGACGUUAUGCUAGACCUUGAGCCCGCUGGGCACCUGCUGAUGCGCGUCACCGUUGAUGGCGAGCGCGACGACGUCGACUUUUACAGCGGCCGCAUGUUCCGCUGCCUCGAGCACACGCUGGCUGACCUGCAGCAGCGCAUCGUCGAGCAGCUGGCGGUGUACGUGCGCGACUACCUGCGGCAGAUUCUGGUCGUCCAGAAGCCGCGCUUCCGCCACACGCGCCUGGCCAGCAACGUGUCGGCCAUUGAGCGCUCCAUCCAGUUCCUGAAGCUGUCCGACAGCGGCCCCGCCACCGUACGCGUGACCCAAGAGAGCUGCCACGAGGCGCUGCUGCCGCUGAUCGACUAUCUCGAGGAGAACCUGCAUGUGCUGUUCUUUGAUCUCAACGUGGACACCGCCAACGGCGUGAUUGCCCGUGUCUGGAAGGAGAUCCUCAAUGCCUUCGAAGACAUCCUGUUGCCACCACUGCAUGGCCGCGCCAAGGGCCUGGCCAAGCCGCUGACCGAGUCCGACGUCAACAACGUCUUCGACUGCCUGCAAUUCCUAAAGUGGUACUUUGAAGGGGGUGACGACCACGACGGCAUCUCUGAAGAAAUCCUGACGAGCCGCAAGUUCCGCGAGCUCAAGGUCGUCCGCGACAUGUACUUUAUGACCACCAAGGAGCUGAUGGAGGAGUACAUGCAUGAGCUGCAUGCCUCGGCCAUUGCCACCGCCCGCACUGCAUCCACUGAGCGUGCCCAGGCCGCCCAGGCUGCCGAGCCAGCCGCCGAGCCACCUCUGCCGGCGCUGAACGCCCAACCGACACUCGAUGACCUGUCGCGGUACGAGCGGCCACUGCCGCCUAUCCCCACGCAGCAGGGCCUGCAUCCGCUCAACACCGAUAACCUGACGCGCCCGCGCUUCAGCGGCUACACCACCGGCUUCGACUCGUCCAGCGAGAACCUCUCGACCCCCUCGCACACCGAGGAGGUCCGCACGCCUGUAUUCCCCAGCCCCGCCACGCCCACCCUGGCGCGCACCCGCUCCGUUUGGGCCCACCGCAACGCCGCCACUGCCAACAAGCUGCGUCGCCAGAACAUGCUGGUCACUGACAAGAGCGACGUGAUUCUGCGGCUGCUGCGGCUGCGCUACGAUAAGGACGCAGCGGCCUUUGUCGACCAGCAGCUGGAGCUGAGGGCCAGCCAGAUGAAGUACGAAAUGACAAAGGCUAUCCGUCGCGACCGGUCGUCGUCCAGCGCUACCACCAGCACUCAGGAUACGAGUCUGGCUCCGGCACGUUUGCCGCCGCCGCUCGCGUAG